CUAAUGCGCGGCGUGGCUUUAUUGAAACAGUUCAGAUUGAAGAAACGGCAAUAGAGGCAUUGUAAAUCAACAAGAACAAACCCUAAGAUUUCUCUCUGAGAAUUUAUUUUCCAGGUAAAGAAAAUAAACAAUGACUUCUAAAGAAGAAGAAGAAGAAGAAGAAGGGGAAGAGAAAACGGCGAUGAGGAGGAAGGCGAAGAGGAAGGAGAAGAAGAAGUUGAAGAGAAAACAAGCGAGGAGAGAGAUAGCGGAGAAGGAGAGGGAAGAAGAGGAGAGGAGACUCAACGAUCCAGAGGAACAGAGGCGAUUGAAGGAGAUGGAGGACGAGGAGAAGGAGAGAAUGGAAAGGGAGAGGAAAGCGUUUGAGGAGAGAGAGAGGCAGUGGAUGGAAGUUAUGGAGAGGAAGAGGAAAGAAGAAGAAGAAGAAGAAGAAGAAGAAAGAAGGAAGGUUCUAGAAGAAAAGGAAGAGGAAGUUAAUACACUACUUCAGGAUGGAAAGGAGAAUGGGUGUGAUGAGGAUGAUGACUGGGAAUACAUAGAAGAAGGGCCUGCGGAAAUUAUUUGGCAAGAAAAUGAGAUAAUUGUUAGGAAGAAAAAGGUCAGGGUUCCAAAGAAGAUUGCAGAUCGACAGGGUACAAAAGAGGAUGUUGAUAGGCCCACAUCAAAUCCUCUUCCUCCACAAUCUGAAGCUUUUACUGAGUAUCAGAAUGCGUCCAUUGUUUCAGCACAACAGAUGCUUGAGAAUGUCGCUCAACAAGUACCAAAUUUUGGAACUGAACAGGAUAAAGCUCAUUGUCCAUUCCAUUUAAAAACCGGAGCUUGUCGGUUUGGUCAACGCUGCAGCAGAGUUCAUUUUUAUCCUGAUAAAGCAUGCACAUUGCUUAUCAAGAACAUGUAUAAUGGUCCUGGCCUUGCUUGGGAGCAAGAUGAGGGGCUUGAGUAUACAGAUGAGGAGGUUGAAUGCUCUUAUGAAGAAUUUUAUGAGGAUGUGCAUACAGAGUUCUUGAAGUAUGGAGAAAUAGUUAAUUUUAAGGUCUGUAAAAAUGGUUCAUUCCACUUGCGGGGAAAUGUAUAUGUGCACUAUAAGUCAUUGGAUUCAGCCAUACUUGCUUAUCAUUCUAUCAAUGGUCGCUACUUUGCCGGCAAACAGGUAAAAUGUGAAUUUAUCAAUUUGACCAGAUGGAAGGUUGCCAUAUGUGGAGAGUUUAUGAAGUCAAGGCUGAAGACAUGUUCUCAUGGAUCGGCUUGCAAUUUUAUUCAUUGUUUCCACAAUCCUGGUGGGGACUAUGAAUGGGCUGAUUGGGAUAGACCACCACCAAGAUUUUGGGUGAAAAAAAUGGCCUCUUUAUUUGGCUACUCUGCUGAAUCUUCGUAUGAGAAGCAGACAGUGGAAGAAAAGUUGAGGCAAACAAGGAUGUCUAGCAAUAUGUUAACAGCAGAUAGAGACAGGCAUGAUCGAAUGCGUAGAUCUAGAUCUAGAGACAUGGACCGUGCAAUCCUUGAAGAUGAUUUUCCAGAAGUCACUCACUGGAGAAGCCAUUCAAAAGAUGAUGGAUCUAAUUCUGAUGGGCAUCAGUCAGAUAGAGAUACAGAAAGAGAAAGGGAUAGAGACAGAGACAGAUAUAGGCAUCAUUAUCAUGCAAGGAAAAGGUCAAAACACCAUAGCAAAGUUUCAGAACGCUCAACUGAUUACGGGGAGAACAAUAGCAGGUCCCAUGAGAUUGAUCAAAAUGAGUCGUCAGAUGAUGGCAGAAACAGGCAUAAGCAUUUUGGUUCCACCAAAAGCUCUGGAAGGAGGACAUUUAUAGAUGAUGAUAAAGACAGCAAGGAUGAGGCUCAUCGAAUGUAUGGAUACAGAUUGGAUAGGGACAUAAAUAGAGAAGAAAGCCGUCAUCGCACUGGGAAAAGCUCAAGACACCAGAGCAGAGUAAGGUCCCCUGAUGAUCAUGGGGAUGGUGAGAGUAGAACUUUUGAUAGUGGUUCCAGCAGAGAGGGGUCUCCUAGGGACAGAGACAGACACCAUCAUCACAUAAGCAAAAGCUUAGGAAACCAGAAAAAUGUCUUGGAAUUCCCCGAUAAUCAUUGGGAUAAUGGGCCCAGAACUUAUAGUACCAAUUCCAGUAAUGAUCUGUUAGACAGGGACAGGGUAAGGCACUUUGGUCGUGGAAGGAAACGUUCGGAGCACAGUGAACUGGGGUUUUCAGAUGAUGAAGGUGCAAGUGUGAAGAGGUUGAAAGACAAGUCUCUUGCUGGCAAAUCCGACAUAAGAAAAUCUCACCUACAAAGAAACCCAACAGGCGGUCGCUCAACCAGAAGAAAUUAUUCAAGCAAAGAGGCUGUUGAUGUGAAUUCUCCUGUUGAGAGUCAUAAACUAGAUGGAAACCAUGUGUAUGGCCAAGUGAAACAAUGUAGUGGAAGAUGGGAAUCAAACAGUCCUGGUUCAAGAUACAACUUUUCUGAAGAAAUUGACGAGCAGGAUCGUUGGGAACCUGAAAGCUGAGAAAGACCGGAACUUUAAAAGAACAUCUGUUAGUGUUGGUGGUUACGAGUCUGGCAGUCAGUGCGAUAGGAGAUCUGAAUCUCAUGAUAAGAAUUCAGGUUACUCUUAUGAUGAAAAGAUGGAGAUGGGUGCUUGGGAAUAUAAAACAGGUGCUUCUGGGAAACACCUCAAAUCUAGAAGUGAUCUUACAGUUGGCGAUGACAGUAUGCUGGUACAUCAAGCUUCUGGGACAAAACCACUUUUGAGCUUUAUAAUCAAAGUAAAUCUAGGAACAGUAAAUGGACAAGGCAAUAGAGAUACCUGAAAUGCUUGGAAGAGGGAAGAGAUUCUCCAAAAGAGAACCCAGAAAAGGAAAAGACGACGAAGAAUCAGCAUGCAAACUAAGAUCCCAUUGCCAUAGACAGAAUGGCAAGGAAUGCAAUUCAUAAUUGUAGGAAGCUACAACUCUCGAAUCCAAACGUUAUAGUUUGGCUCUGGGCUGUAAGAAUAGCCUUUCUUGCUGCACAGCAUCAGCAGAACGUGAAUUUUACUAUGGGAGUCUGUAAUGAUGUUUUGGCUAUCUGGAAAUGCAGCUGUUGUAAUGAUGGAAAGGCAAAUGUUAAAAACAGCAUUAUCCAUCAGAGGUUCUUAAAUUGUGCAGGUAUGUUUAUGAUGUUGGAUAUUGCUUUUCCGUACUUGUAACUUGUAAUCAUAUUCAUCUGCUUCUAAUUAAUGCAACAUGUGAGGUUUCAUAA